AUGACAGCAGAAUGGUUCCGGAAUGAGCUGGACAAGCAUAUUGGUACAGUGAAUGAUACACAGCCCUUGAAAUUAGUGCCAAAUGGUCGCAUUGUCAUAAAUCAGGUCAAUUAUGUGUUUGCCCAUCGAAACAGCACUCACUGGAACGAGGCAAAAGAGUUCGUCGGUGAUUGCAAGAACUUCCUCGAUGAAAAAGACCAUGCAUGUGUUUUUUGUGGCAAAUUUUAA